AGGCAUCUCCAGGCAUCUCCAGGCAUCUCCAGGCAUCUCCAGGCAUCCAUUGACUCAUACCUUCCAUCUCAAGUGGGCCACCUGUCCUCCUCAUUAUGGGCUUGUCCACAUUUGACCCCCUCCACAAUAUCCUACAUCUACAAUAGUCAUUCUGUGCAUUAACCCAUUUUGAUUGUCCCUUUUCCUCUCCAUCUCCAUCAUAGAACAUCAAUAAGAGAUCCACUCAGGAACUUAAGAACUAAGUUUCAUCAUCCACUUUGAGUUCGAGGUCAAGGUCGAGGUCGUCAUUAUCAAUAUCAACCUCAACCUCACAUAUAACCAAUCCACAUCAAUCACCAUACCACCAAAAGAUGUCGACUCCAAACCUAAAAUUUGAGUUAUCACCAGCAGAUUCUCUCGCCGAAUCUUUCACUUCGAUACCUGGUCAACAAUAUCCUUCAUUAUUUCACACUGAAGGAAGCAUGGAGCCACUACAAGCUAUGACUCCACAAUCUUUCGAUGGUGAUAGCAUGUUUGGAGAUGAUAUGGGUGAGGAUAUGGGUUUAACUGGAAGUCUCGCUGGUACACCUGCACCAGAAAAGAAACAAGUCAAGAAGAGAAAGUCUUGGGGUCAACAAUUACCUGAACCCAAAACCAAUCUCCCUCCAAGAAAACGAGCAAAGACAGAAGAUGAAAAGGAACAACGUCGAGUUGAGAGAGUUCUUCGAAAUCGUCGAGCUGCUCAAACAUCGAGGGAGAGAAAGAGGCAAGAAGUUGAUAAUCUUCAAGCAGAAAAAGAUCAAAUCGAACGUAGAAAUACCGAUUUGCAAUUACAAUUGGCAGAUAUGCAAGCUAGAUAUGAAGAAGUUCGUCGAAAGCUAGAAGAGGUUACCGGUAUGGCUGGGGAAAAUAUUACACCAGCAUGCCUUCCUCCUUCAUCUGUUACUUCAUCACCAAGUCGAAAAGAAAGUUUCGAUGGACAAUCCCCACUCGCCUUUACAAAACAAUUAUUUGGAAUGGAAGAGUCUGGAUCAACCAUGACAUCAAUUAGAGAUAGUCACAAUACCAUGCAAUCAGCAACUGGUACUGUUGAUCUAGCUUCCGUUUCCCCACCACCACCUUCCAUGGAAUCAAAUGAUGAGGACUCAUUCAACCCCAGUUCUUUCGGUAUGACACAACAUUCUGCUGCAAUGUUGUGCGACCUGCAGUGUCAACCGAAAGUACAAGGGCAUUGGAUGAGUACCCCUCAGAAUAUUCUAAUUUCACGGGUUUUGGUCAGUACACUAUGGGUUCAAAUGAUGACUUCACCAGUCAUCUCGAAUAUCCUGAUUCCCUUGGUGCAGAUCAAACUUUCUUUAAUGAACGGAUCGGUCCUAUCGUCGACGCCUUCACUAAUAACUUUGAUAAUUUGGUUACUGACAACAACGGCGCCACUAACGAUGCCUUAUUCGCGGACUUCAUUCACCAAGACGAGAUCACACCAUCUGCGCCCGAAGUACACUCUUCGGAUUCGAUUGUUGAGGAGACUCUUAACCUGCAGUCCCAGCUUGGCGCGUCCUCUUCUGGAUGCGACGCUGGAGACAAUGCGGUUGUCGUCUAAUCAACAAUCAGCUAGCGAUUGUAUGAACGGCGCAAAGGUGUUUGAUCUUCGUUACGGUGGUAAGUCUUCGAGUUUGGAAUCUUUAAUAACGUUGUCUUGGGCUAUUAAAGUUAUAAUGAAGGAACAGGCAAAGGAACAGACGUCGACAAUUUCAAAACCGGACGCGGUAAUGAAUGUUGAGCAGUCUUCUGAGAAGGAUUUGUUUGAAUUUAGAGAAUUUAGUAAGGGUAGGGUGCAUGGGAAUUCUUCUGUGAAGGAUAACAGUAUACUUGGGGAAAAGUCCUUGGACGGACAUUGGAGUAUGGCGUUGGAGGAUGAUCAAUAAGUUGAUUCAUUUCUCUUGAAAUUAGCGAUAUCAUAGGGUGGUUGGCGUGCUAGACCUUGUAUCAUCACCAUUGUGCCAAUACAAAUAUUGAACAUUUGUUCACAUGAAUUUUUA